AUGACCGACAAACAGUUUAUGACGGUGCCUGCCCUAGACGAGCCAGAAACCACUCCUGAUGAGGCUCGCCGAUUCCUCCGUAAAAUACGUGCAGGAAAGUUCCAAGUGCAGCGAGAAACCAAAGAGAAGUUGAUCAGCCAAGGUAAUUUAGAUGUAUUGGAACAAUUGGAGGAGCUAGCGAAGAAUGGAAGAAGCCUCUACAGGAAGAAUCUGCAAAGCGUGAUUGACGAAGUCUACCACGAUUCUAGCCGUGUCCUCUAUGAGCUGAUCCAGAACGCUGAUGAUGCUGAAUAUUCGAAAGCUUGGAGGGAAGGGAACUCUCCUUUCAUGAGAUUUACGUUUGACCAACAGGACCUUGUCAUAGACACGAACGAAGAUGGAUUUACUCGUGCCAAUGUGGAAGCGAUCUGUUCCCUCCGUGAGAGCUCGAAGAAGCAUCCCAGCAGUGAUAAUUCAACGGGAGAAAAGGGAAUCGGGUUCAAAUCAGUCUUUCUUAUAUGCGACAACGUCCAUAUCCAGUCGGGUGUCUGGUCCUUCAGCUUCGAGCAGGAUGAAGAUAACUUCCUAAGUACGGUUAUACCAAUUGACACCGAACCGAGACAAAUUCCUGAGAAUGUCGGUACCCGUAUCCGUCUGCGUUACAGGCAGAGCUGCCGAAAUGACAUCCUGCGGUACCUGGCGGAAAUUCCAAGCGAGACAAUACUCUUCUUGCGCAAACUGCAGCAAAUAAGCAUCCAAUUUGACGAGACCUGCAUUCCUAAUUCAAGCCCGACAUCCAGAAUUAUUACUAGGAAGACACAAUUCUGUGCGGUACAAGAUCCGCAGCGUUUCCCCCCGAUCAAACAAACCAAUGAGAUGGAGGCGGGUAACGAAUACCGAUGCCCAGUCUGUCCGAUUGCACAUGUGCCUCGCCAUGGUGCUGCGUUCUGCGAUCACGCCAAUGUCGUCCACAUACAUACGAGCUCUACGAUCAGAGAAAAGGUUCAAAGAUCCCAGACACAUUAUCGCUUAUCACGGAUUGCCUUCACCGACAUGCCAACUACUAAAGGCCGUCCUACUGUCGGUGCAGAUACUGAGAUGAAGGUAGAGCUAGCGUUUCCUAUCAAUGAGGACGGGACGCAUCCAAAAACGUCCAAGGGCGGCGCGAAUGUUUGUGCAUUCUUACCAAUGUGUAGACAAGAGAAUCUACCUUUUUCCAUACAGUCAGACUUUCUCACGAUGCAGAACCGCCAAGACGUUGUCGAUUGUCCUUGGAACAGGGUGCUACGUGAACAAACUGCGAAUGCUUUCCAAGAUACAGUCGUCAAAUUCUGCAAGGAGGAGAGCUUUCGUUUCUCCUGGCCUCAGUAUCUGCCACAAGAACGACUCAACGGAAAUUUCUGGGAAUCUUUUCGUGCCCUCCUUGUUGAGAAGCUGCGGACCACAGAAAUCCUCCAGUGCUGGGAUGAUGACCAGCUCUAUUGUCCGGGCGACCUCGCAAUCUUGCCGAAUUACUUCUUAUAUGGUGAAAAGAGAGAGCCCCUCUUCAAGGAUUUGGUAGACAAAAUCUACCUAUCUCGGCACUACCAUGAGGAAAGGGUUCUAGAACACCUCAGAACCCUCGGUGUCCGCGAACUCAGUCCUGACGAGAUCGUGGAGCGAAUCGAAUUUGACUUGGAGCUACCGAAUUCGGUACUAAGGGAGAAGUAUUUGCAAACUGAUUGGCACGACUGUAUGUGUGAGGCGAUAAAGGCUAUAUUGAAAGGCUCAAUCGAGCACACCAAUUCGGAGAACUCUUCAGGUUCCGAUGAUCAAAACGAUACCCUCUCCAGUGAUGAAGGUUCGUCUGAUGAUUCAGGGAAUACGAAUCCCACAACCAUUCAUGCCCGCCUCAAAGCUCUGAAUAUCAUCCUCUUGCGAGACGGCUCCUGGGUCAACCUGGAGGAAGAAAUAUACUUUCCCACAAUUGGCGGCUUCAGCAUACCGGAUGGCCUUGGCCUGAAACUGCUGCAUCCUGACGUCUGCGAAAGCCACACACAAAGAGAAUUCUAUGAAAAUACCCUGGGUAUCUUAUGGUGUGAAGCUGAACUCGUUAUCAAAAAGAUUAUGGAAGCCCAUGCGUCCACGACAGAGAGCUACACAACAAGUGAUGAUUGCGAACCUUACAUCUCACACUUCCAUUUUCUAUUCCACUUCCGGGGCCAAGUUGCCAACGAGGAUUUGAAGUCACUCUAUGCAGUCACGUCAGAAGGGACUGUUCGGCGUUGUUCAGAUGGGCUCUAUUUCGGCUCUACCAAACCCUACGAUACUCAGAAAAUCCUCGAAGCUCUCUCACCCAGCUACGAGAUUGAUUGCGACAUCAUUCUGCACGACAUUUAUAAUAGACACGUGGAUGACUACACAAAUGAAACCUGGAAGCAAUGGCUGCAGGAUGUCUUUUUAAUUGCAUACUAUCCUCCGCUGGGCGAGGCAGGUGGCACAAAAGUAUCAACGCUUCUCGAGUACCUGUGGCGCCUGGACACUUCCUUAUUUCUUGGAGCAUUGCAAGACCACUGGGCCUCAAGCUAUGAGCAGGAGCUUGAUGAUCAUCCGAAUAUACGAGACAUACUGCACAGGGCCCCCAUGUCCUGUCAUGAUCACCAAAAGCAUCCACUGAACUGUACUUAUUUCCCCGAAGACGAGCUGCUCCGGAUGAGCGAAGAACUCAGUGUCACGUCCCAUAUGCCAAUCAUUUGCUUGCCGAGGAGUGAUGAAGCGUUGAGCCAUAGGAAUUGGGACUUUUUGUCAAAGCUCGGGAUCCGACGUGGUGACCAGAAAUUGAACUUUUGUCUUGACGCGCUCCUAGCUCUACACAAGCGCAGCCAAUCCGAGGACAAGCCUACUUACUCCUCUAUUCGACAAGUUUUCGAGACGAUUGGAAGAGAGGCAAGCUACAGGGACGCCGAAAACCUCAGGAAAUUCUUCUCCUUGCAUCCAUGCAUCUGCAACCCAACUGAUACCUCCGAUUGGAGAUUUAGCCGCGACUGUGUCUGGGAUGGUCCUGAUUUCCUAACUUGCAAGCUUCCUCUCAAGUGUCACUAUGAAAACUCGACGGAAAUGGAAAUCCUCUUUUCGAAGUACAUGAAGCUAGGGAAUGCUGACUGGAAAGAUGUUGCCAGCGAGCUGGAAAACAUCAAGCGGUCAGGUAAAUGGGAGCAGACCUCGAACUCAACCCACCAAAACAGAUCGCUGUCAUUAAGCUCACGGAUCUACAACGAACUCCACGCGAGGGCGGUCGCGGAGAAUGAUGAGCUCGCCUUAAGGACAUUUUGCGAAAAAGAGGAGCUCGUUUUCACCGAAAGGGGAUGGCGCGCACCUUCCCAGUGUGUAUGGGAAAGCAAGUAUAGGCUACCCGGCCUGCCUGGUCUUCAACAUGACUACCCGGAGCUGAAAUGUUUCUUCGUCGACCUAUUGGGAGUACCAACGGUCAAUAUAAGUAUCCUUCUCCAUGGGCUUAUAGACCUAGUGCAAGCUCAGGAGCCGAGUUACUCAGAUGUCAAAUCUAUGCUGCUUGCGUUAGGUCCGAUGUUUAACGCUGAAGCUGCACCUGAACGCUCGUUUACUAUGGGCUUGGCAACGCUGAGGAAGUACUCCUUCCUGCCUGUACGUCUCAAGGACAAAGCGCCGGUCUUGCAGAAGAUGGCGACGCGAUUCUUUAUCGCCGACCAUGAACGAUAUGGGCAGGCGUUUGAAAAAAAGGUUGAAUUGCUGGACUUCACGCUUGAGGAAUUUCGCUUGCUGAAGAGCUUCUUCCGAAAGCUAAACCUUGAGAAUCGUUACCUGUCCGCCUGCGUUACUGAAGCCUCAGAGGUGCCCAAGCCCAGUGUCGCAUCUAAGGAUUUUGCACGGAUGCAAGACUUCAAGAAGAGAGCUUACUUUUUUUCAUGUCCAAAGUACUUUAACUUCGACGACUCAACGCACAGCAAGCUGUUGGGUAUCGAGGUAUAUACCUGCGCAGAACUGCAGACCAUGCUCACUCUGCACUACGGCAAUGAACCGCUUGAUCCUAUCCAGAGCGACCGGAUCCAACCCAUGUUCACGGAAGUUAAUGACGGCAUACAAAUUUACCUCCCAACCCAAAUGUCCGAGCUGCGCCGGUGCUAUAUGGUCGAGCUCCCUGAGUCGAUGUUGAAGUUGCUCGGGAUCGAGGAUCAACGGGCAGGACACUGUCUUUACUUCCUGCUAACUGAGAAGCUGGAGAAUCUACACGAUGUCCUGAAGCAACAAGAUAUUCCUGAAUUGACAUGGCUCAACCCUAUUAUCGAUGGCGACACCGAUGAGCUGACCUACGAGAUGGGGGAUCUAGGUCUGUCAGACGCAAAUAGAGGUAUGGAGAGGACAGGUGCGAUGCAGGAGUUGGACUUGAAAGAUACUCGCCAUGAGUAUAAUCGGCUACUCGAGCAUCUUGUUCGGCAAGUUCGCAAAAAGACUCGGACAGUGGCAGAAGAAUUCAGGCCGUUCAGGACGAGGGACACGUUUGGCACUCCUCAGACAAACCCCGAUUUCUGGGACCGCAUCGGGGUAGCUGGAGAAUUAUUCGUCUACGAGCUUCUCCUCUCCCUCGACCUCCCAGGUUUCCGAACGGCAGACCAUCGAAAUUGGCGCAGCACCAUCCGCAAACACGUCCGCGCCAUCCACGAGUAUCAAAAUUUGCUAGAGUAUGAUGGGCCAGAUAUGGACAUUGUGUACAAAGACACGACCGGCAAAUUCAGCACGUGGUUAAAAGAAAACGGGUGGGGCGAGUCCCCUGGUUUCAUAGACGCUGCUCCACCAGUUACACCGACAUCCCCUAUCACAUACUACAUCGAAGUUAAAAGCACGCCAGGCCCCUGCGGAAAGCCCAUGAAGAUGAGCAAUGCGCAGUACCAAAGGAUGCACGAUUACCGUAUUCCGGAACGAGGUUGGGCCAGCCGCACGACCGAGAGGAAAGUCUUCGUGCUCUGGCGCGUGUUCGACUUGCUCGGCCAAAAUGCCCAGUAUGCCGCAUUCGUCGACCCGGCCAGGCUUGAUGGUACCAUUCUCAAAUUCGUUGCUGACAGGUGGCAAGUCACUGCUAAUCUCGACGGCUAAAAAUUUGACUAGCAAUCAGUGGAUGAGGUAGCCCUGAACAGAAAAGUGCGAGGAGACGUUCGAGAUUUAUUGCGGUCAUGGUUUCGGUACCUGGACAUUUUGCAAGCUCUGGGCAUUUUCCUUGCACCAUUGGUUCCGUCUCGCGUAGAGACUGCAGGGCUAUAGUUGGCCGAGGCGAAUUGUGACCCGGAGGAUGGAAGUGAAAGAGCGUGAGCGAAAGAAGAAAGCAAGACAUAUAGCAUAAAAACAC